AUGGCGGCUACAGCGGGCAUGCACCACCAGCUCACACUCAACCGGGCCAAUCACACAUUGUCCUGGACGGGCAACUUCGAUUGGUCCCGCACCGACCCGUGCAGUGAGACGAAACACGGAACUUCCCCUGGGCCCUCAUCAUUCAUUCCUGUCCAUCAUUUGGGCAUCUGCCAUCUUCCUGGUAUCAACCCAUCAUCGGGUCCAGACCAAGAUGACCGCGAUGAUCACGAUCUGAUGUCGACACUGAAGAGAAUCGGACGAAACAACGAAGAGACGGCACCGGAUUAUGCCUUACUGCCCGGAAUCGAAGCCUCUUUCGAUCUCGAUUCCUUUGUUCCGAUGAUCCGUCCUGGGUGCUCCUUCCGUGGUGCUGACAGACAAAGCCUACCGCUAGUUCAGGCACUUCCCGCGAUCAGAUCCUGGGCUGUCACAUUGACACCGUCCUGUUCUUUCGGUUAA